GCGUCCAUCGGGGCCGGGUCAGCUCUCCUCUACGGGGAUGCAGCCGGGGCCCGGCGGAGGUGCGGCGGCGGGGAGUGCCCGACACGUAAGUGGCGCCAUGAAGAGGAGGGUGCCCGUGGCAGAUCCCAGCUUGGCCGACCCCCACCAGCUCUUCCAUGACACGAGCUCAGCCCAUGGGCCUGGGAGCUAUCCCGGCCACCGGGCUCCCGGGGGCCUGGGGUACCCUUCCCCCUCGCAGCCAGCCUUCCUCGCUGACCCCGUGUCCAACAUGGCAGUAGCCUAUGGGAGCAGCCUGGCUGCCCACGGCAAGGAGCUGGUGGACAAGAAUAUUGACCGCUUCAUUCCCGUCACCAAGCUGAAGUACUACUUUGCUGUGGACACUGUGUAUGUGGGGAAGAAACUGGGACUCUUGGUGUUUCCCUACCUGCACCAGGAUUGGGAGGUCCGGUACCAGCAAGACAUGCCCGGGCCCCCGAGGUUUGACAUCAACGCCCAUCUCUACAUUCCAGCUAUGGCUUUCAUCACAUACAUCCUGGUUGCUGGCCUAGCGCUGGGGACACAGGACAGGUUCUCCCCAGACCUCUUGGGCUUGCAGGCCAGCUCAGCCCUGGCAUGGCUCACAGUGGAGGUGCUGGCCAUCCUGCUGAGCCUCUACCUGGUCACUGUGAACACAGACCUCACCACCAUCGACCUGCUGGCCUUCUCGGGCUACAAGUAUGUGGGGAUGAUUGGUGGGGUCGUGACUGGCCUGCUCUUUGGAAGGACUGGCUACUACCUGGUGCUCAGCUGGUGCUGUGUGGCCAUCUUUGUCUUCAUGAUCCGGACGCUUCGACUGAAAAUCCUGUCUGAAGUGGCAGCAGAAGGUGUCCUGGUGCGGGGGGCGAGGAACCAGCUGCGCAUGUACCUGACCAUGGCCAUCGCGGCUGCGCAGCCACUCUUCAUGUACUGGCUCACCUUUCACCUGGUCAGGUGAGGAGCCCGGAGGCUCCUUGGCUCCCCUUUCCCCCUGCCGCCGCUCAGGGCCCAGAGUGGGACGGAAAGGACCAGGGGCCACUCACCUCUGCAAAUGGGGAGAAGCUCGAAGUGGAGCCCUCUGGGGGAGGGAGGGCUCCAUCGCUCGGGACUGAGCUGCCCGCAAAGUCCCUGGCCCUUUGACUGGAACCAUGCCCCUCCUCCACAAAAGUUCAUCUCCUCCUUGCCUGUUUUGCUUGAGCUGAGUCCCAGAAUGCCGCCCCGCCCCCUCACCAUCUCCCUCUCCUUUGCCCAGGUGCUUAGAGAUCGUUAACCUGCACAGCGUGCUCCAAGCUGGGGCUGCCUCGCCCAUGGGGCGUCUGUUACAGGCAAAAUAGAACCCCCGGGGGUGCUGCCGAGU